AGUCCAGCGAGCUACAGCACUAGCUCAUCCAUCUCCGCUACUGCGCUCUAAUCUUCUUCAGCCCAUUCAGUCAGUGCGUCCAGUAACUCCUUCUCUUCAGCCGGCUGCAAUGGAGUGCGAUAAUGGCGCCCUAUACACGGCGGCGAUCCAGCACGCCGACCCGCUCAACUGGGGGAAGGCCGCGGAGUCGCUGACGGGGAGCCACCUGGACGAGGUGAAGCGGAUGGUGGCCGAGUACCGGCAGCCCGUCGUCACGAUCGAGGGCGCCAGCCUCAGCAUCGCCAAGGUCGCGGCGGUGGCCGCGGCCGGCGACGCCAAGGUGCAGCUCGACGAGUCUGCCCGCGCGCGCGUCAAGGCCAGCAGCGACUGGGUCAUGGACAGCAUGGCCAACGGCGUCGACAGCUACGGCGUCACCACCGGCUUCGGCGCCACGUCCCACCGGAGGACCAAGGAGGGCGGCGCCCUGCAGAGGGAGCUCAUCAGGUUCCUCAACGCGGGUGCGUUCGGCACCGGCUCCGACGGCCAUGUUCUGUCCGCUGGAGCGACGCGCGCGGCCAUGCUCGUCCGCAUAAACACCCUCCUUCAGGGAUACUCUGGAAUCCGGUUCGAGAUCCUCGAGGCCGUUGCCAAACUGCUCAAUGCCAACGUCACGCCGUGUUUGCCACUCCGAGGCACCAUCACCGCCUCCGGUGACUUGGUCCCGCUCUCCUAUAUCGCCGGUCUCGUCACCGGCCGCCAGAACUCGGUAGCGGUUGCACCGGAUGGCAGGAAAGUGAAUGCCGCUGAGGCGUUCAAGAUUGCCGGCAUCAACGGUGGCUUCUUCGAGUUGCAGCCAAAGGAAGGUCUUGCCAUGGUGAAUGGCACAGCCGUCGGUUCUGGUCUCGCCUCAACCGUGCUCUUUGAGGCAAACAUUCUUUCCGUCAUGGCAGAGGUUCUCUCUGCUGUGUUUUGUGAGGUCAUGAACGGCAAGCCAGAGUACACCGACCACUUGACUCACAAGCUCAAGCAUCACCCUGGACAAAUAGAGGCUGCUGCGAUCAUGGAGCACAUCUUGGAGGGAAGCUCCUACAUGAAGCUUGCAAAGAAGCUUGGCGAUCUUGACCCACUGAUGAAGCCGAAGCAGGACCGGUAUGCGCUCCGCACGUCACCACAAUGGCUUGGUCCUCAAAUCGAGGUUAUUCGUGCUGCAACCAAGUCAAUCGAGCGUGAGAUCAACUCGGUCAACGACAACCCACUGAUCGAUGUCUCCCGCGGCAAGGCGAUCCACGGCGGCAACUUCCAAGGUACACCCAUUGGUGUGUCCAUGGACAACACCCGCCUUGCCCUGGCUGCUAUCAGCAAGCUCAUGUUCGCGCAGUUCUCAGAGCUCGUGAAUGACUUAUACAACAACGGACUGCCAUCCAACCUGUCCGGCAGCCGCAACCCGAGCUUGGACUAUGGAUUGAAGGGAGCCGAGAUCGCCAUGGCCUCAUACUGCUCUGAGCUGCAGUUCCUGGGCAACCCGGUGACCAACCAUGUCCAGAGUGCCGAGCAGCACAACCAGGACGUGAACUCGUUGGGUCUCAUCUCCGCGAGGAAGACCGAGGAGGCCAUUGAAAUCUUGAAGCUCAUGUCCUCGACGUUCUUGGUUGCCCUUUGCCAGGCCAUCGAUCUUCGCCACAUCGAGGAGAACGUCCGGAGCGCCGUCAAGAGUUGUGUGAUGACAGUGGCCAAGAAGACAUUGAGCACCAACUCCACCGGUGGUCUUCAUGUCGCUCGCUUCUGCGAGAAGGACAUGCUCCAAGAGAUAGACCGUGAGGCGGUUUUCACCUACGCCGAUGACCCAUGCAGCCAAAACUACCCACUAAUGAAGAAGCUUCGUGGUGUGCUCGUGGAGAGAGCUCUGGCCAACGGCGUUGCUGAGCUCGACAUGGAGACCUCCGUCUUUGCCAAGGUCACCAAGUUCGAGGAAGAGCUACGCACGACGCUGCCCAUGGCGGUCGAGGCUGCACGUGCCGCGGUAGAGAGAGGCACGGCUACCACACUCAACAGAAUCACCGAGUGCCGCUCGUACCCUCUUUACCGGUUUGUGCGUGAGGAGCUCGGAACCGUCUUUCUUACCGGCGAGAAGACACGAUCACCGGGGGAGGAGCUGAACAAGGUGCUCGUGGCCAUCAACCAAGGCAAGCACAUUGACCCGCUGCUCGAAUGCCUCAAGGAAUGGAACGGCGAGCCCCUGCCCAUCUGCUAAAUUAACCGAGACCAAACAUGGAGGAUAUCAAUUAGGGAAAAACACGAUAAAUCUAUGUUAACUAUUUCUAUUUCUUCUGAGUAUAGUUGA